AUCAAGUGCCCACCCACUCCUUCCAUGCGAACCAUUCCCCAAGUGCAUUUGUAUUUUACGCAUCAAACCUUCCCAAUUGUCUAUAUGUUCCUUCCAUAAUCUAUAUCUCAUCUCAUUUAUCCUCAACAAGCAAGGCAGUCACGAUGCCGCGCACUUCCACCCGACAAACCCCCCUUCCCCGAGGACAGACCGGCAUCCAAAGUUUCGCAAGAACGACCAAGCCCGGUCUCAGAUCAGCUGUAGAUGGCAAGCAGGCCGUCGCUAGUCUUCCGGUCUCGCCUUCCAAGAAACGGAAACUGAACGAACUCGAGAACGUAGACUGCAGUAACCCGCGGACGCAAGAAAAGGGGGAACCCACGACCGAAGCGCUUACGCCCUCGAAAUCUCUCCAUAUCAAGGAACUGUCGUUGUCGACUCCCCGAAGUGGCCAUUAUGCAUCUCCUACCCGUACCUCGCGGACUGCUGUUACCGGUAAUAUUUCUGCGAUCCCGACUUCUCCGUCAAAGCGUGCUAGGGGUAAGGCUACAUCGCGGCCUAGUGCGGCUGUUCUCCAUGUGCGUCCCGCUUGUGUGAACGACUUGAUUAAGUUGCAUUCAUCUUUCCUUAAAGCCAUCACAUUUCACCAUGCGCAUCACGGUACGGUUACUCCCGCGGACUUGAGGGAGUUUCUUCCUAGUGUUGAGCGGUUGUGGAAGAAGCGGAAGGUCGUGGUGAAGGAUCUGCAACGGUUACUAUGGAUUUGGGAGCAAGACUCGGAAGCCACGGGGCUCAACUACCGGAUUGCUAAUUAUGGAUUGGGAAAGAUCUGUUUGGAACGUGUGCGUCGCGAACAGUGGGCAAUCGACGAUAAUGAAUUGCAAGAACAGUUUGAGCAAAUUGUCGACUUACUAUGGGAGAAAGCUCUGGAUGUCGUUAAUGGUGAUGAAAGUCAGGUGGAUUUUAUCGCAACGCUGGGUGUUUCGUCCAUCUACGAGUCGCUUACACCAUUCACGAACUUUCGGAAAGGCCAGCAGCGGUUGCAGGAUUUGAAGGGCGGAGUCAUCAAAAUGAAAAUGGAGAAGCUUAAAGCAGCGCCAGUGGAAGAGUCGCCUGGGAAGACACCCGAAGCGACGAAUGCUCGUCGCACAGGACUUCUGGAUCGGAUCAGAAGCAAGGCUCUCCGUCAGUCGAAAUUACCGCCCCCUCCGUCAAAGGAGAUGCUGCUUCGUCGUGCUGCUGUUGAACGCAUUGAGGAAGUCGCUGGUGUGCUGGCUUUGCUGAGGCCAGCUGGUUAUGUGGGUAGUGGGCCAACAGCUACUGUGGCUGCCCAGAGGAAGCCGUUCCGUCUAGAGAUGAUUGUACAGAACGUUCAGGACUCAUCGAAGAAUCCUAUUUCAGAGAAAGAGGUGGAAAUUUGCUUGGAAGUGCUGGCUCGGCCCGACAUUGCUGGACAAUGGGUCGAUUUCGUCACCGUGAAUCAUAUCAAAUCGGUAGUUCUAAAAUCUUCCGCUGAUAUCAACCUCAAGGAUAUCGGUGCGAAGGUGCUCGAACUGAAGUUUGAUGAGAACGAGCCUGCUUCAAUCUCAAAACCCUAAUCAAUACCUUUACUGUUUAAUGUGUGUUUUGGAUGUCUGGUGUUGCUGGGUUGGAUACCCCAUCUGUGGAGUUUGAUACACAUGUCUUUAUUGGCACUCAUGUAGCAUCUGUUAGCGUUGCAUCUAUCAUAUACCAUUUUAG